AUGGACGACAAUCGUUCUGAACCUCUGUCAAUCGAGUCCCUUCUUCGAAAACAGCGCGAAGAGAAGGAGGCAGCAUCCAAGCCGAAGUUCUUGACCAGAGAAGAACGUGCACAACUUGCCAUAGCAAAGCGAGCACAAGAGAUACGAGAAGAAAAAGAACGCAAUGAAGCUGCACGUAAGGACCGCGAGACGCUCGAAAGGGAAGCAGAAGGGCUAUCCCAGCGAGAAAGGACGAGGUAUAGCGGAAGUAAUGGCGGUCGAUACCAAGACAGAUACGACCGUGACCGGGAUCGGGAUCGAGGUGACCGCUCGGGAAGAAGGGGCGACCGCGAUGGUGGGCGAGGUGGGCGCCAACCACCUCCACCUCCACAGGACGACCGUCGUACCCGCGACAAAUUCCAAAACGUCCCCACCGGACCUCGUGCAGACCGCAGCAAAAACGGCACCUCCACCGACGUACCAAUGUCCAACUCCUCUUCCAUGCCCCCUCCUCCCGUGCCCGCCUCUGCCUCCACUGAAGUGGUCAACGGCUCCGACACCUACGUCCCCCCAAUGACCGACAACGACCUAUCCGCGAUCCGCUCACGCUACCUCGGCGUCGACCGCAAGAAGCGCAAGAUCCGCAAGAUGAACGACCGCAAGUUCGUGUUCGACUGGGACGCGCAGGACGACACGUUCGCGGAGGACUCGCCCGUCGCUGUGGGCAGCACCCGGCAGGGCGCGCAGGUUAUGUUUGGGCGGGGGCACAUUGCUGGCAUGGACGAUGGUGGUGGCUCUGGGCCGCGGAAGAGCUCGUCGGCUGCUGCUACGGGUGGGGCGACUCAGCUUGCGGAUGCGAUGGAGAGGAGGAAGGCGGCGAAGGCGGGUUACGACGAUAGGCAUUGGACAGAGAAGCCGCUUGAUGACAUGAAGGAAAGAGAUUGGCGUAUUUUCCGGGAGGACUUCAGCAUUUCUGCGAGGGGUGGCUCAAUUCCUCACCCUUUGAGGUCAUGGGAGGAGUCGACGAUCCCGCAACCUAUCCUGGAAUGCAUCGAACGAAUUGGCUACAAGGAGCCUUCCCCCAUCCAAAGGCAGGCCAUUCCAAUCGGGUUGCAAAAUCGAGAUAUCAUUGGUAUUGCUGAAACUGGUUCCGGUAAAACUGCUGCCUUCGUCAUUCCAAUGCUGGCAUUCAUCUCAAGCCUGCCACCUUUCACUGAUGACAAUCGCCAUUUGGGUCCUUACUCCUUGAUUUUGGCACCUACGCGUGAAUUGGCACAACAGAUCGAAUCCGAAGCUCGAAAAUUCGCGUCUCCUCUUGGCUACAAAUGUGUUUCCAUUGUCGGGGGGCGAGCAGUCGAGGAGCAGCAAUUCAACCUCCGCGAAGGCGCCGAGAUCAUCAUCGCCACCCCCGGUCGUCUCAAAGACGUCAUCGAGCGACACGUCCUCGUCCUCUCGCAAUGUCGGUACGUCGUGAUGGACGAGGCCGAUCGGAUGGUGCACCUCGGGUUCGAGAACGACCUGACCUUCAUCCUCGAUGCUCUCCCGUCCGAGACGAUGCAGGGCGAGGACCAGGGUGAGCAGAUGGAUGUUGACGGCGAGACGCUCGUCAAGAAGGGCCGCACGCGUGUGACUACCCUUUUCUCCGCCACGAUGCCACCCGCAGUCGAGCGCCUUGCGCGGAAGUACCUCAAGAAGCCGGCGAUUAUCACGAUUGGAGAGGCGGGCCGGGCGGUCGACACGGUCGAGCAGAGGGUGGAGUUCGUCAAUGGGGAAGAGAAGAAAAAGCAGCGGCUCUUGGAGCUUCUCAAUACGAAUCAGUUCCCAUCCCCGAUUAUCGUGUUCGUCAACCAGAAGAAGACGGCGGACAUGGUGGCCAAGGACCUCUCUCGGGCUGGGUGGAAUGCCGCCACGCUUCACUCGGGCAAGAACCAGGAAGGACGCGAGGCCGCUCUCCAGUCGCUCCGGAACGGCGAAUCAGACAUUCUUGUCGCCACCGACCUCGCUGGCCGUGGUAUCGACGUCCAGGACGUCUCGCUCGUCAUCAACUUCCAGAUGGCCAACACCAUCGAGGCCUACGUUCAUCGUAUUGGUCGUACGGGACGAGCGGGCAAGAUGGGUGUGGCGAUCACCUUCCUCACAAACGACGACGACGAGGUCAUGUAUGACCUCCGCCAGGAAAUCUCGAAGAGCCCCGUGUCGAAGGUGCCGCCGGAAUUGGCCAAGCACGAGGCGGCACAGCACAAAGUGUCGCGGGAGAUGAAGCGGAAGCGGGAUGCGGACGAUUUGGGCUGA